AUGAUUUUUCGAGUGUUUCAGCGCCAUGGUGGACGUUUGGCGUCGUCAUCCUUUCCAUCCAAGCUGCUGAUGCAACAGAAGAAAGCACCACCGAGCUACCAAUUUUGUUUGCAGCAGUAUAGCACCAGCCAAUGGGCUGCCAUGCCCUUGAAAGCGGUGGAAGUGCUUUCACUGGGAGAUGCUUCUUCCUCCUCCUCUGCAGCAAAGAAAUUCAAAUUGUUGGAAACUCCCCUGUUGAAGGGUUCUUUUGUGGAACAAGGCGAUAUUGUGGGAAUUGUGCAGCAAGACGAAAAUAAUGACAGCAGCAAGACCUUUGAAAUUCCAUCUCCUUCCACUGGACGAUUGGUACAAGUGCACAUGCAAGUAGGAGACGAAAUCCAAGUGGGAGAUACUCUGGUUACCAUUGACACGGAUGCCGUGGAAAAUGCUGCCCAAAAUGCCACCUCCCAUAAUGCUAGCAAUGCUACUACUACUACCACAGAACCCGAAAAUGCCCAUGUGAAGGAACUGAUUCUACAUUUGCAAGAAACACGAGGAGAACUCUCUGAUGCUCACGUCCAACAACUCUGCAAAACCAUCACUGACAUUGAAUCGCUGAGGGCCAUUGCGUCUCUCCUCACGGAACGUUUCCCCAAUACACCACUCCAAAUGAAGGCGCUGCCAUUUUUGGAAACGGUACUCUUACGGCAACAGGGACAAAACUCAGAUAAUAGUCAGGAACUGCUGCUGGAGCAAGCCACCACACAUACUGAUUUGGGAAUACUCCUCUAUCGCUUGGGAGAUUUGGAGGCGGCAUUGACGCAACUGGAAUGUGCCCUCCAGCAACGCAAAGAGGCACUGGGGGGUUCUCAUCCCGAAUUGUCCGCCACACUCAUUCACAUUGGCGCCAUUAAAAAUCAAAAGAACGAUCUCGAUGGUUGUUUUGAUGCAUUUUCCGAGGCCAUGACCAUUCAAAAGGAACAUUUGGGUGACAGUCAUCCCCUCGUGGCGGCAUCGCUCAACAAUCUCGGUGCCAUUUGUUAUCACAAGGGAGACUUUCCCAAGGCCAUUCCGUAUUAUCAACAAGCAUUGGACAUUUACAGGAAACAGGAAAACGGGGAGCAAAGCUCCGACACGGCAGGAUCCUACAACAAUUUGGCCGUUGCCAUGAAACAUACCGGUGAUGUUACGGCCGCCAUUGACUAUUGUCGCAAGGCAUUGACGAUUCGACAGACCACACUGGGUGUACGACACAUUGACACUGCCACGUCGCACUAUUGUCUGGGACAAAUAUUUUCCGAAACACGACAAUACGAAGCGGCAUUGGAACAGCUCGAGACGGCACUCGACAUUCAAACGGAGCAUUACGGAACCCCCCACCAUCCUACUCCGGCAACGACACACAAUCACAUGGGCGCCAUUCAUUACGAACAGGGUGAGUUCCAAAAGGCACUCGAUUCGUACCAACUGGCACUGGACGCCUUUUCCGCGGCACUCGGCAACGAUGUCCCACAAGUGGCGGAUUGUCACAACAAUGUCGGCAUGUCGCAAGCCAAACUGCAACAAUUCGAUGAUGCUCUGGUCAGUCACGAGGCUGCCAAGCAAAUUCUGGAAGCCAAAUUUGGAGCCACUCAUCCGACGUUGGCCAUGACGUUGGCCAAUAUUGGAUCGGUACUCAAAUCCAAGGGUCAUUACGACGAUGCGCUGCAGCAUUAUCGACAAUCGCAUCCCAUGCUCGAAGCGACAUUGGGCGCCGAUCACGACAUGGUGGGAUCGUCCUACAAUAACAUGGGACAAGUGUUGGCCAUGCAAGGCAAAUUGGACGAUGCACUGACGGUGUACCGAGCUGCCUUGAACAUCUUUCAAAAGACUCUGUCGGAGGAUCACGUCUUUACGGGAUCGAUUCAUUACAAUAUCGGACUGGUGCUGCAGCAACAAUCCAAUAAGAACGAAGAAUCCAAAGAAUCGUAUCAACGAGCCUAUGACAUUUGGAGAGCAGCCUUGGGGCCAGAGCAUGGCCAAACCAUCAUGGCAGAACAGGCCAUGGAUCAACUAGGUGUCGUCAGUGGGAAAGCAGCGACCUCGACAGAGCGGAGUGACUAA